AUACUCGUUGUUGUGGACUCAGUUACUGAUGGGCUGUUUGAUGAACUAGCUCUGCUUCAAACUAUUUCUCCACGAAGAUUGAAGAUCUACUUUGUUCUGGUUGAAACCUAUACCACAUUUGUCGACAUCAUCUUCCAACGAUUCAACGGUAUAGCAGUCAAAACUGGGGGAGCAGCUUUCAGAAUGAGUGACUACACAGCCGUCCGCAAGUUUUUCGAUAAAUACUUCAAUGGAAUUGUCGGCAGGGACAUGGUUUCUUUCAAGCCGUUCUAUAUCGCUGAUCCCAGCCACGAUUACAUUCAAACAGAUUUAUUUUCCGUCACCGCAAACUCCGAUUACUCGGCUUUUCUUAUUAGUAGCAAUGGCGGUUCUUCCGGUGAGAAUCAUGUUAAUCUUAUUAUAGGCAUAGUUCACGAUAAUUCCGAGUUAUCUGUUUUGAGUGAAAUUAUGGAUGUCAUGGUGCAAGGGUGGCAAGAAAGCACGAAAUUUGUUGAAAGUUGA